UGCAACCAGAAUUAGCGAUUGCCGAUACUACACAUAUAGCAGGAAAUUCUAUUAUUGGAGCUACAGUAUGUACUAUAGGUGCUAAAAGUAAUUUAAUAAGAUGUGGUGAGAUAGAAAUUGGAGAUGUGACAGAGUUUGUAAGCGAGAUUUAUACUGAGAAUAUGAUUGCAACAACCCGGAUAACACGACCUGGUGAUAGUG